CCUGCAGUCCUCGUACCCUAGCCUCCAGUUCCCCACCACCAGAGCACACCCGAGCGGACCGACGCCGCCGCCGCCGCCGUCCGUCCGUUGAGGAGGGCAUGAAGGGCGGGAGGAAGAACCUGCGUCGCGCGUGCGAGGAGGGCACCGCGGUGACGCUGGCGGAGGGCGAGAGCAUCAUGCAGGUCGUCACGCUGCGCGGCUCCAACCUCAUCGAGGUCACCGACGGCGAGGGCGUCAAGUCUCUCGCCCUCUUCCCCGCCAAGUUCCAGAAGAGCUUCUGGAUCAAGAACGGGAAUUUCGUGGUUGUGGAUGCUAGUGGCAGGGACGAGGCUCUCGAAUCUGGAAGCAAGAUAGCCUGUGUCGUGUCACGGGUCCUCUUUCACGACCAGGUUCGCGCCCUCGAGAAAUCCGGCCAAUGGCCGGCUAUCUUCAAGUCAACUCCCAAUGGGUGGGCGACAGGGCCACAAGGAACGACAUCACAGGCUGAGGAAGAGCAGAACUCUGAUGAAGACGACGAUGAUGAUAUGCCGCCACUUGAGGCAAACACGAACAGAAAUAGACCGUUUGACGUGCAUUCCGAUACAGAAAGUGACUCUGAUUCUUGAACUGGUAGACGACUUGGGAAUAGUCAUCAUCCUAUGGUUACCGUCCACCUGUACACCUAAUGUAUUUAUGCUUGUCGAAUUUGGGCAUGACAUCAUAAACUUACGGCCCAAUCUGUCAAAGAUAUAGUAGUCAGUGCGUUUUGUCGACAUUAAGUGGCAGGGCAUGUGGAGGCCUGUCACCUGUAGUGUAAUAUGAAGAAAACAAGAAUGUUCCAUAUGUUGCACCUAGCUUAUUGUGGUUGUGGAUGUUAUUGUGCAA